GGAUACAGACAAAACCAUCUGCAUAUCAAUAAAGAGCAACAGACCGUUCACUGACUCGGUUCCCUGUUAAUUUUAAUGCUCUAAACCAUUGAAUCACUUUUGUAAUUUUUGUUUACUUAUGAAUGUGUAAUACCCGUUGUUGCAUUUCAUGAAGCAGCUGGCGAGUACUGUAUACAUACAUAUACAAUCUCAGGCAGACAAAUCCUUGCCGCGACCGAAGUCAACCAUAUUAUCGAAGAUUCGUCGCAAAACUUCCUGCUGCAUUACAAUGAAAUCUACGCUGUACAGAUGUUUAGCCAUGAUGCUCUUAAUUGAAUUUAACGAAGUCAGUACCGUGCAUGCCAGCCAAGAAAUACCUUGUCAAUUGGUCAACGAUAUAGAAGAGACAGAUCCGGUAGAAAGAGCCUUAACGCCUGCAUUUUAUCGCAUCAAAAAAUGUAAAGGUGGUAGUCGGCUGCGCAGUGGUUAUCAGUGCCAAGCGUCCUCAACAGAGACAAAGGAGAUAGAGGUUUUUAAUAGGCUAACAUUGUCAAAAAUCAAGAAGAAAUUUGAAUCAGCUACAGAAUGUAAGGAAGUCUGUGUCUGUGGCAGAAAAUGCAAUGCACCGGAAAAGGCCCAAUGUGAUAGAGGAUUCAGGUGGGAUGCAGAGGAGUGCCGAUGUGUAUGCGACAAAAGCAAUUCCAUUCCAUACCGAGGAAAUAGGAAAACUGAAACGUUGUCCAUCAAAUACUUAGUAAUAUCAAUUUUGGCAAUCUCAGCCCUGUUUGCAGCUGUUAUUUCAAUUCUUGCAUGCAUUUGCAAAGAGAAAAAACACAAAUACAAGCAUCUAGCCGUCGUCCACUGGAAUAAGCAAGCAAGAACAAAGCUCGAGAGAUAUCAAGAGUAUGUUGAUUGGUCACCAAGGGCAGGAGGGAAAUCAAGAUGGUGCUGUUACACUGAUGACAACGAAAGACAGGCACUUGUUCAAAAUGGAGACAACAAAGACGCAGUUGAUAAUGCCCCAAAUUUCAACCAUCUGACGGCAGUUGACUGUUUUGAAAUUGGGUAUAUUGAGUUCAAAAUGGGAAGAUACGAGCCAAUGCUAAAGUGGAUGAAUAUAGCAAGAGAAAAAUGGGAAAGUGACAAUCGUUUACCUGACGGUGUCAACAGGGACAUUUUCCUACAUGACUUGUAUCAGUAUUUAUCGAUCGCAUCACUAGCGGAUAAAUCCUGGAAUGUUGAAGAUGCUGCUAAGUACAAACAAAUGGCAUUGCGGAUAGCAGCUAGAAGAACAGAGAACCACGAAGAUACAAAUGGGAGAGUAAACAACGAGGUCGGAGCUCCGGGAGAGAUCACCAAUGGAAACAACCCGUCAGCAUGUUGACAAGAGUUAUAAAUUCGGUAUCAAGAAAAGAAUAAGCAAAAGAGUCUAAAUUUGAUUUGAAGAAGAUAUGAGGAAGCAAUUGAACAAUUGAAAUAUUCAAUCUAUAUAUUGGACAUCAGCUCGAAAAGUGAAAUUCGUCUGGUUAUGCGCAUGACAGAUGCCGGUUUGAUGUAGGAGAAUUCUCACUAGAUUCAUUUCUUCAAAGAAGAGUUGGGUUGAUGUACUCCAAAACAAGUACAACUACUAACGAAAGAGAUUGCGAACUUGGACACUUAAGAUAGACAGAAUUAUUUACCAUUUAUUCGUUAAAGGGUUUCGCUAUUAGAUACAUUUUAGUUGGUCAUUAGAGCAAAGUUACUUAUAUCA